AUGGAGCCAGCCCCCCGCCUGGGAAUUGGGGUGGGCAGUGCCAGCUGUUUGCUUCGGACACGUCACGCCAUCUCCUUCAACAGCAAGGUGACAGGCGGGACACCCAAGGGUGGACGAGCUGUCCCCAGAGUUCGACAGCCCCGUUUUAGCGCUGUGCCCCCACCCUUUCAGAGCUCCUGCAUGGAGGCUCCCCAUGGAGCCCAUGGAGCCCUUUUCUUCCCGCUGCCCAGGAUGCCGCAGGCCCAGCUUCCAGCCUUGACUCGCAGCCAGGCGAAUGCUUCGGGGUGCAGGAGCGUGCCGGGGAGAGCAAACUCACCGGUACCCUCCGCUCCUCCGAGCGUGUUGGACUGGCCGGGAAGGGUCUGGUUUUGCAACCAGGAGAGCACGGAGGCCUGGCGCAGGGUGCCGCAGGCGGGUGUGAUGUUUGCUCUCCGGGCCCAUGCCGCUCGGGGUGGAUUAGACCGGUUUCGGGUGAUCCAGGCGGACUGCGCAUUAACACUAUUUUUGAAUGCUCCUGCAGUCUCGUUAGUCGUCCCACAACCCAACAUCAACGCAACCGUGGCACAAAACCUCCUGCUCUCAGUUGAAUACUCUUGCAGAGGCGUCGCCACCAUCGAGUGGAAGCAUGUGUCGAGCUGGGGCACCACCAAAAUUGUUGAGUGGAAAAGUGGGAAUUAUGUCAAUAUAUCCGCGGUCUACAAGGACAGAGUGACUACUUUUGACAAUGGCUCUAUACAGCUUCUGAACGUGGGCAUGAGAGAUGCCGGCUACUAUUUUGUCACUGUAACAGAGGAGUAUGGAAGCAACACCUACGGCACCAUCAUAGUCAACGUUUACGAGAUUAUCUAUGAAGAUUUACAUUUUGUGGCAGUUCUCCUUGCAUUUCUCACCGCAGUAUCUGCCGUUUUGAUCUGCUUCAUGUGGCUGUGUAAUAAAUCCCUGCAUCUGUUUCAGAAGAAGAGGGCACACAAAUUAACAGCAAGUGCAACUGAAGAGAUUGAAUUGGACACCAUUGAGUGUUAG